CAGCUCCUCUGUAGUUUGUUGAACAGGAGAAUCUAGGACAAAGCCAAAUCAGUCCUCCAUGACUCCAUUCCAUUCAUCACUUCUCCAAGCUAUGUUUCCAGAGUCUUCUGUGCAUUUCCAGGAGCAACCAAAAAUGGAUAAAUCUCUGGGCUUGGUGUCAUUUGAGGACUUGGCUGUGGACUUCAGCUGGGAGGAAUGGCAGGACCUGGAUGAAGCUCAGAGAACCUUGUACAGGGAUGUGAUGCUAGAGACCUAUAGCAGUCUGGAGUCCUUGGCAGGGCACUGCAUCCCCAAACCUGAGGCGAUCAUCAAGCUGGAGCAAGGAGCGGAGCCAGUGGCAGAAGAGCCCCCAGACCAGAGCCUCCCAGAUAUCCAGAAAGUGGAGGAUCUGAUUGAGGCCAGCCAGGAGAGUAGAGACAGACAUUUGUGGCAAGUUCUGAUCACCAGUGCAGCAGAGGAGAGAGUUGAAUUACAAAGAACUUUUAAUUUGAGCUCAAGCCAGAUUUCAGAGCUGAUUUUAAGUAAUGGGAACUAUUUAGGAAUGAGGACAGAAGAACUUGUUGUAUAUCGGAACAUGCUUCUCCCUGGCGAGCCUGAUGCCGUGCAUGUAGGGGAGGGCAUGACUGGAAAGCCUCUCAGGUACCCUGAGCAUCUUGAUUCACAUCAUGAGGUUCAGGUGAUGCGGCAGGACCUUGAACAUGGCAGAGAAGGUGGGGCCUGCAGCACAGGGACGAUACUCUUCAUCCAGGAAAGGGUUCACCUGGGAGAACCCUCCUGCAAAUAUAGUGCCUGUGCAGAGGGCUUCGGUCAGUUUGCCCUUGGUGUCCGGGAGAUAACCCAGGUGGGAAGGAGAGCUUGUGAGUGUGGGGUCUGCGGGAAGACCCUCUCCAUCAAGCCCAUGCUCACUCACCACCAGAGAAUGAAACCCUUGGUGUGCAGUGAAUGUGAGAAGCCCUUCAUGACACAGCAGAGGACACACACACAGGAGCCCUCUGAGUGUGACUCAGGUGCUCGGUCUCUCUGCCGGAAGCCAGACCUCACUUUACAGCCCAGAGCUCCUGCAGGGGAGAAGCCCCAUGGGUGUCACGAGUGCGGGAAGUCUUUCUACCACAGGUCUGACCUCACCGUGCACCAGAGGACCCACACAGGGGAGAAGCCCUAUGAAUGUGAUGAGUGCAGGAAGUCUUUCAACCAGAAGUCAGACCUCAUUUUACACCAGAGAACCCACACUGGAGAGAAACCCUAUGGAUGUAAGGAGUGUGGGAAGUCUUUCUACAAGAAGUCAGACCUCACUGUGCACCAGAGGACUCAUACAGGAGAGAAGCCCUACGAAUGUGAUGAGUGUGGGAAAACUUUCUAUCAGAAGUCAAAACUCACUGUUCACCAGAGAACCCACACUGGAGAGAAGCCCUACGAAUGUAAGGAGUGCAGAAAGUCUUUGUACCAGAAGUCAGACCUCACUGUGCAUCAGAGGACCCACACGGGGAUGAAGCCCUAUGGAUGUAGCAAAUGUGGGAAGUCUUUCUACGAGAAGUCUGUCCUUACUGUGCACCAGAGGACCCACACAGGAGAGAAGCCCUAUGGAUGUGACGCACGUAGGAAGACCUUUUGCCAGAAGUCACACCUCAGUAGGCACCAGAGAAAUCACACAAGGUAGAAACCUGUGCGUAAAGAAUGUGGGGAAUCUUUCCGUAGGAAGUCUGACCGUGGUAGGCAUCAGAGAACGCACAGGAGAGAAGUGACAGCCAUUGCAGAGCACGUCUCAGCAAGCCUCAGAGGACUUCCGCAGAGGAGCCCUGCGUGACAGGCAGGUGUGUUCCCAACCUACUCUCCUUCCAGCUGGACACACACUGAGCCCACGCUUCUCAGCGUUAUUGUUGUGUACUGGACCUGAGCUCUGUCCAGAGGGAUGUGGAGGUCAUGCCCAGUUCUAGCAACUGGUGACUAUGUAGUGCUUCCUAAUUUCCCAUACCCUGUGGGACUGAAGUCCAGAUGACCUCAGGGUGGCACUGGGAGCUGUUGGCAGGAGAAGGCCACUGCGAUUUGAGACAAGGAAUUGAUUGAGGAGAGCAGAGAUCUCUAAACCUACCCCAGAAUUUCCCUUUGUACUUUGCAUUAGUGAGAAAUAAAUACUUACUGUU